AUGAUCAAGGAGACUGAUGAAGGUAAGCUGUCUUCGACCAAGCACACAACGGAUGCCCCCAACGAGAUGACUGCCUGCGACAAGUACAUCACCUUCCCAUUCCGCGUCCACACCAACAUUUUGAGUUGUGGAAAGGUUGAGCAUGAUGCCUCAGGCAUGAAGCAUAUCAUCCACACCGACAUCAUGCGCCUUGGCAAGGUCGAGGGCGAUGCGUCGGACGAGAACUUCGCCGUCAUGCAGAAAGACGGUGAGGCAAAAGGCCCUUGCUGUCACGAGCGGGAGGGCAUGAAACAGACUAUCGGCAUCCACACUGACCGCAUGGGCUUCGGCAAGGUCGAGGGCGAUGUGUUGGACGAGGACUUCGCCGUCAUGCAAAAGGUCGAGGGCGAUGCGUUGGACGAGAACUUCGCCGUCAUGCAGACGGACGUUGUCGAGGGCGAUGCGUCGGACGAGAACUUUGCCGUCAUGCAGAAGGACGUUGAGGCAAAAGGCCCUUACUGUCACGAGCGGGAGGGCAUGAAGCAGACUACCGGCAUCCUCACCGACACCAUGCGCUUCGGCGAGGUCGAGGGCGAUGCGUCGGACAAGAACUUCGCCGUCAUGCAGAAGGACGGUGAGGCAAAAGGCCCUUACUGUCACGAAUGGGAGGGCAUGAAGCAGACUACUGGCAUCCACACCGACCGCAUGAGCUUCGGCCAGGUCGACGUCGAACAAAAACUCUUCGGAGGGGGACCGCACCACGAUGAACAAUGUUUCAACUGA